UGUGCAACCUUUUUUUUGUCAGUAGCGCAUAUAAACAACUUUAAACAUCAGCCUCACAAAAAUGCGGAAUGUGGCUAGCCUAUCGUUUAGCCUUAAAAUAAUAAAACUACCUCGCGCGAAAGUGAACUGCCAUAAGGUGUGCAAUUUUUGAUGACGUCAGCGCACAUGAAAAACGAAUCCCAGAACCCACAAAGUUUUCUCCAACACACAGGAACUGACACAAAAUUUUAUCUUUAUUAUGUACACUGUACAUAUUUAAAUAAUUAUUGUUGUUUAGGUACACGUUUGUUGAUAUUUUGGGUAUUUUGUAUUGCGUAAGAAAGAAUCAAAAUAAUUACCAUUGUUUCUCAUGGCAAAAUAAGUUCCAGUACUCGGACAAAUCGUUAGUCGAACACUAAUCCGGAACGAAUUAUAUUAGACUAGCGAAGUAUCAUUGUCUGCUUGUAGGCGAAAUGGAAAAGGGAAUAAAAAUAUUCUUAAUCACAGAAAAUAUUUUUUAAAUAAAUAAAAAGUUUUUAAAACACAAUGACAAUAACAUACAGAUUUCUAGAUGAAACAGACUUUGAAAAAGUUUCACAGUUUUAUGUAAACGAAUUUUUUCCAAGAGAGCCAAUAGGAUUUGCAUUGAAAGGAGUCAGCAAAGAUGCAGAACUGUAUGCAGAUAUUGAUAUAAGACCAAAGUUAUCACAAAAGAAUUCUGUUGGAGCUUUUAAUGAAUCUGGAGAACUGGUUGGGAUGAACAUUAUGGACUUCGAAUUAAAUGGGAAUCAAUCAUUUAAAGAAAAUGAAGAAAUACCAUUAUAUUACAGGCAAUUUUUCAAGUUGGAAGAAGCGCUCAUUGACGGCAAUUUAGAAGAAUGUAUAGGAACAAAAAACUAUGCAAACUGCCAUAUCCUGGGUAUCAGAAGUGAUUACGCUGGACUAGGAAUUGCAACUGAAUUAUGUAAAAAGAUAGAAGUCACAGACAAAGAAUGCCAAGCAGUUUAUGCAGUCGCUACCAGUUACUACUCCCAAAAGAUUAUGAAAAAAUAUGGGUUCAAAUUCAUAAAAACAAUCGCAUAUAAGGACUAUGUGGAUCCAAUAACUGGUUGUAAAAUAUACAGCAAUAUGCAAAGCCCACAUGAAUGUGUUGCAUUAGCAGUGAAAUAUCUGAACUAAAACUUUCAUAACAUCCAAGAACUAUUUUGGC